CCAACAAACCCUCGUCGUCAGAAACUUUUACAUUUGACAACACCACCUCGCUGUCGCACGUCCUUGUCACGUCCUUGUCGCUCCAACAACUUCCAACCCUUCGCACUACGCGCACUACAUACACACUACGCUCCACCUCCAAACCAGCUUUGGUUCGGCGACCAUGGCGUCCAAGCAGGCCAAGUCAAGGAUCGCCAUCCUCAAAUUGUCCCCCGACCAACUCUCCAAGUUUCCUCACACCCCGACCUCAUCCGCCAAACAAUCUUCAUCAUCUUCGUCAUCCUCGCCAUCGCCCUCCGAUGCGCCCGUGCCUCCCAUCGUCGAACCAGCGCCUUCCGACACUGCCGCCGAUUCGGCCUCAACACCUGCUGCUAUGAAUGGCGCAAGCACACCGUCAAGUAGUCUGGCACCGCCGGUCGCAGGACAAAAGCGCAAGGGCGCCCCUGGCCUCAAGUCGGCUGGCAAGAAAACUCCCUCUGCCAGUACGCCAGAUGGGUUACCCAAGCCAAGGGGCAAGCCAGGUCCAAAGAAGAAGCAGAAACUCGGCGAUAUGAUCAAUGACCCCAACAACAAAGGCCCAUUCGCGAUCCCCAAUCCCAUCCAGAAACUCGGCCCCAAGGCCAACCAGGGCGCCAUCAAUGCGGGUCUUCGCGCGCUUGAUCGCACUGGCAAGCCCACGCGCAAAUGGGAGAAGAAGGGAUUCCAGCUGCGUAGUUUCACCGGUGUCAGCUGGGACGUCCCGACCUGGCGAGCACCCAAGAAGAUCGCUGCUUUCUCUGAGGACGUCAAGAGUGAUAGCCCGGGCUCAAGUGACACGAAGGUCAAGGACGAGACGAGCGCCAUCAGCGACAACAGCGGCCUCCCCGGUGAUGCUGGCACUCCGGUACCUCCGCUUCCCAAUGGCAUCACCAGCUCUCCGGCUCCCGUUGCUGCUGCAUCCUGAAUGAUCAGCACCCCACCCACUGCCCGUCUUUCAAGUCAGUCUCACCAUAUGCCCGUCAGUUGUCGCUCAAUGCGAUGAGCGCCUAUCCCCACAAUGCAUCCACGACAUCUGGCUCUCCCAUCACAAAUACUGACCCGCCCCAGUUAUAUUAUACGUAAUAGCAUUCGUUUAUCUCAUUGCCAGCCUGAACUUCGCAUUGCAUAUGGUUGUUCGAACGUCAGAGGCGGCAUAUGUUCCUUUCUCUUUUCUUCAUCUUCAAUGGGC